GAAAUUCUAUUUAUAGCCGCGUGCACAGAGGGAGGAUUAUUAGUCGUGCUAUUCGGUCAUGUCGACAUUCACUUGGUACAGCUACUAAAAAGCGUUCUUCUCGACUGAUAAAUUAAGAGUUCCACCAAAAGAUAUUAGCAUGGCUCGAGGUAAAGGAAAUAAAAGAUCCAUUGGAAGAAAGAAAAAAUAUAAAGAUAAAGAUGAAAUUGUUCAAGAAAAUGGAUCAGUUUUGUGGAAGCUUCCUUGGUUACAAACUGAUACAGAUGGUGGUGCUAGUCAUUCAUUAGAAGGAACCAGUGAAGACAUCAAAACUUUUGAAGACUGUGAUGGCUCUACUGCGCAGGAGUUUUACGUCAUUCUAGAUCGUCCAUACAAGUAUGAGCCCUGUGGAGGACCUGAUAAAUUUGUCAAGAAAAGACUGGAAGAAAUUUAUAAAAGCCUGAAAAACAAAUGCAUCAAACAGAAACUUAGUUUCAAGGUCAAGUUUGAAUUUGUGAAGCAUUCAAAAUUGAUACGCUAUGUGAAAUUGCUUGAUUCUGAUAUUCCCAAGAUACAGAUUUGUGUCACUGUGAAAAACGAUCUCUCUGCAGAGGUCAUAGUUCAUGGCAAAGUAAUACCCCAUGGGCAUCCUCUCUGGAAGUUUUUCCCACAGUAUUUUAGUAAGUUUGAUGUCAUUAUAAUACUUUUGAAAAGAUUACAAAGUUACCAAAUAUGUGCUGGAAAUUCAGAAAAAUAUUUUCACCCAUUUUUGACCAGUAGCUCUUUCUUGGAAACCGAUUACAUUACAGGCGGAACUAUUCGUACUACCUCAUGCUCUUUGUUAAUUCAUACUCAAAAGCAGCAAUGUGACAAAUGUAGUGUCUAUCGACGUACAUUAAUGAAAAUGAAGAACAAGUCAAAAACAACUGAUGUACAAAUUACACAGACACAAACAAGAAAUUCUAAUGGGAAGCUGUCAACAGCAGAAAAACUGGAGAAACUGAUGCAAUUAAAGAAUAAAACUGAUUUUUUGAAUCAAAAGAUUGAAAUUCUACAAAAAUGGCACCAUGAUUCUGUAUGUUUUAAUACUGAUGUUAGUGUUGGUCCUCAACAAUGUCAGUUUGAUCAUACCGUAAUCCAUUUCAGAACGAACAAUUCUCAUACUUUGGCACCAAAAAGAAAAAGAAGUUUGCCAGAUGAUGUCAUUGAAUGUUGCAUAAGAACAAAAAAAAUUACAAGACAAAGAAUUAUAUAGUUAAGAAAAUAUUUUAAAAUUAUACAGAAAUGGUAGAAUUCUUCAAGGAUCUUAUUUAUAUAUGUUUAUGGAAUUGAUUAAAUAUAAUAAUAUCAUUUUGAAGUAAAAAAAAAUAGAUGUUAUUCUAUAUUAUCAUUUUUAAAGUAUCUCUAGAUGCACCUAGUGUAGUACCAUGGGUCUUUUGUCAGACGUGGAAAGCGGGACAUCAAAUCUGGUCGCCACAUCCUACGUAUGACCCAUGCACACUCUUCUUACUACAUAUCUCAAUAGCCUUGUGAUCGUCUAGUAUUUGUAAUUCUCUUCUUAGGACUCACGUUGUGUAUAUUUUUAUCUUCACUGGUAAUACGGUUGUCUUCUCAGUCAUUUGUCUUACCAGGAAUAACAAUGCAUCAGUUUGUUUUUACUUUUUAUAUCAAGCACUGAUUAAAUAAGAUACAGUAAACCUUGCAUAAGUCGGAUUCGUAUAAGUCAGAUCUUUGCUCAACUCGGAUAAAAUCAUUCGGACCCUUUAAUCCGGCACGAUUUUCUUAUUAAAUUUCUGCGCGUAAGUCAGAUUUCCUAAGUCGGAUCUUUGCUCAACUCGGAUCAAAAUGUUCAGUCCAUUUGAUCUAAUUCCGGCUUUUUUCCUUCGCCUAAGUCGGAUCGGCAGUAUGUUCACAACAUGCCGUUAAAUAUACGUCCUCCUCCGCCAAACGGCCUGGCUGACGCCAUUGAAAUCCAAAUACACGGCAGCCCACAAAUUUGCGCAACUCGGCCAUAUAAGACAAAACGAAAUUGGAAUUUAUAAAAAAAAAAUCGAUUGUAAUUGGGCUAGGCAAAGCGAUAUUUGACUGAAGUUUCUAAUUUUUCCCUACCCAAGCUUACAUAAAUUUUGUUUCGUCUUAUAUGGCCGAGCCAAGUAAAUCUGUACGCCACCCAACAUCUAGACCUCAAUGGCGUCCGCCAAAGACAUUUAUCAAAAGGGGACGCAAUUUUAACAGCAUGUUGUGUUGCUCAUACUGACUCUAGCAAGGUAAGAAAGAAAGGUCUUAUUUUCUCACCAAAAUGUUCCUUUACAUUGUUCAGACUCGCACACAACCAUUUAGCAGCAAAAAGUUGCCCAGUAAAAUUGACUGGGAACCGAUUUUAUUUCGACAAGGAUUAACUAGGACAGUUCCUGAAUGUACAGGGCGAUAAUGAGACCUAUGUUCAGAGCUAAACUCGGAUCUUUGCGUAACUCAGAUAAAAUUCGUCAGUCCAUUUAGAUCCGACUUAUGUGAAGUUUACUGUACUAGCAUAGAUUACAAUAAAGACAUACUCUCAAUCCCAUAUUCGGGUGUUCGAUCCCUGCAUUGGCCGAGAAAGUUCAUCUCGAUUUUCCGGCGUGGUUUCCCCCUUGUCAGAGAUGCAGAAAGGAGGGCCUGACAAGGACAGCUGCCUAGUCGUUCGGACGGGACGAAAAAGUAGGCCAAAGCGCCGCUGCCCGGGCAAAAUUUCCCUCAUAGCACACUGUAUGGCGUAUGCCCGUCUUCAUUAGCCCAGGUUAGGUGCAGAAGAGUAGGAAGUUAAACCCCAUUUCAUUUCAUUUCAUUUCAAUCCCAUAUUCCGCCCAGACGCUAGGAGUCUGCUGAUAGAAAUUGCUACAUCUUCUCCCUCUAGUAUAUAGCGGCUGUCUGUCUAAUGCCCAGAGAUAUGAGGUAUUGUUGUCAAUUAUCUAAUUGGUCAAAUACGAUGUAAUUAAUUAUAAUGAUUGGUUAAUUAGCCUAAUGAUGUCGAAAACCACCCUUAUAUGGACAGUGAAAACUUACCACGAGGACAAAUUAUAGCUGAUUUUAUGUAUAAACUUAUCAAUCAUUCAUUUGUGUACAUGAGAUCUGCAUGUGUGAAUUCAAUAAUUAUAAUGCUAUUAUUAAUUUA